ACCAUCAUCUCUCUUCCUUGUUUUAAGUUUGUUCUCAUCAUCAUCAACAAUCAAAACCCUCCUCCUCAUAGUUUUUCCCACUUUCAGAAACACCACCAGAAGAUGCAAAAUCAACUCACUCCGAUUCACAAUAAAACUUCAUCACCUUCUUCAACAACUCCAAAACCCUCGCUCACUGAUAAUAACUAUAAUGAAUCCCAAAACUCUACUAAAAAGCUUGAAAUCUCUAACAAUGGCAGCAGCAGACAAUUGUUUGAUCUAAACGAACCAUGUUAUAUCUCAUCUGAAGAAGAAAAAGAACAAGUGAAGGAGAAAUUAGUUGAAAUUUCUGAAGAUAAACAUGUAAUCAAGAACAAGAUUGAUGAUGAAUCUAAUAAUAACAAUAAACAAGUCGAGAUUCCUAAACAAGAAGAAGAAGAAGAAGAUAAACCCAUUAUUAGUACUGGUAAUAAUAAGAAACAGAAAGAAUAUGAAGUGUUUGUUGGUGGGCUUGACAGAGAUGCAGAUGAAGAUGAUUUAAUGGAUGUUUUUAAAAGAGUUGGGGAAGUUAUAGAAGUCAGAUUAGUGAAGAGUAAAUACUCUAAUAAGAAUAAGGGUUUUGCUUUUGUUAGAUUUGCUUCUGUUGAAUUGGCUAAAAAGGCUGCUGCUGAGCUCAAUUACACCCUAAUAAGAGAUAAAGUCUGCGAAGUAACGAGAAACAAUGACAAUGAAACACUACAUUUGGGUAACAUUUGCAUGACAUGGACUAAAGAUAUGCUUGUAGAAAAGUUGAAGUCAUAUGAUCUAGAAAACCUUGAACAAGUUGAUCUGAUAGAGGACCCAAAUGAAAGUGGAAGAAAUCGAGGCUAUGCAUUUCUUAGUUUCAGCACUCACAUGGAUGCUGUCGCUGCUUGUAGCAAACUGCAUAAAUUGAAUCCACAUUUUGGUAAAAGUGUGAGAGCAGAUAUUGCAUUUGCAAAAUCUGCUGUUGAACCGGAUGAAGAUGUUAUGGCUCAGGUCAAAUCUGUUUUCUUGGAUGGUUUGCCUGAUGACUGGGAUGAAAAUACGGUUUACAACCAUCUUAAGAAGUAUGGUGAGAUUGUAAAUGUGACACUUGCUCACAGUAUGCCUUCUGCCAAGCGCAAGGACUUCGGGUUUAUCAACUUUAGUACCCGAGAGGCAGCGCUUGCUUGCAUUGAUGGUGUGAACAAAGAUGGUGUAGAUGAUGAUGCUAAUAAGCUUUUACUGAAGGCCUCUCUACGGAAGCCUCUGCGGAAGCGUACAAUGGUGAUGGGUGGUUGGAGAGGUAACUCUAGCAGAACAAGUUACGAACGUGGAUUUGGUUCUUCUCACACAAGCAGACCAAGCAGAAGUAUACAGUCACCUAGUCAGGAUCAAGAUCGUCGAUUUGUAAGUAGAUACUCGAGGAGAGAAGAUGAUUAUGAAAGAGAAGCAUCCCCUCCUGCUGAGAGAUACAGUUCCCAGUUUAGAAGGGAGUCUGUGCGUCAAGUUCCCACACAAACGCAUGCUCCCAGCAGAUCUAGAGAAACAUAUUAUGAGGGUCGUUCAUCUAGUAGACGUUCGUCAGCAACUUAUCAGGAUAUUUCGACGUCCUACUGUCAAAUUCCUUCUCAGAGACGAUAUGUUGAAGACUUUUAUGAUCCUCCAGAAUAUUAUGAAGAUGAUGCAGUAGAAGAUUUUGAUCAUUCUACUCCAUCUAGGUACAAACGUCCGUAUGCUUAUGAGGAUGAUGAGCGUCUGGUGUCGAGACCUCUUACAAGGAGUACCAGAGCUCGGUGGUCAGAAUUGGAGGCAGAUGAUUAUGCUGAACACGAUGUCUCCUCGUACGAUGAAUACUCAAGGAACAUGCCGGAUGACCGCAUUGUUUAUGAAACUCGAGGCCGUGCUAGUCAGUAUGUGCCUAAAAGUGGUGCCUCUCGAUCAUACUACUACUAAAUUGUGAGCACUUGUUAUUGUUCGGCUUCCAAAAGUUACUUUCCCAAGACCAACCUUCAUUGUAAUUUCUGUUACAUUGGUUGAAAAUUUUGGAACUAGUAUUUCAGCCCUGAUAUUGUCAGGGUCUGAUCUUCUGGUUUGAGCUGAGCAAUACUCUCUGGACGAGCCACGCUGCCUUCAAGUUAGCAACUGCACAUGGUGAACCGAAGCUUCUGAAGUAACACGAGGGUUCGGUAAAGUCGCCAAGUCAAAAUGUGGCCUUUAUCAUCAGUAGUUGGAAGAUAAUCUGAGGAUCCCUUAUCAACAUUUUUGACAAAGUUUUUUAGAAAGAGACUGCCUAUUACUAAAUACGCAAAAGCAAGAUUUAGGAAACAUGAGUUGGAGAAUGAUGGAGUUCCUUGGAUCAGGUUUGAUCUCUCAAAGCUAAUUUUGUCAAUUCCUUUUUUAUUCGUCGACUUUGAACCAAUAGAAGACUGUUUUAUUGCAGAAACACAACUUAGCUGUUUACUUUAACUUAAUCUUCUUUUUAAGAUUUUGUUCAUUUCUGACUGGACUAAAUAAUACUUGUACAAUUUGGGUUCUUUUCUUGAGUCAAGGCUUGCUUUAUAAUAUAUGUAGGGAAGAUUAAUAUAACACCAGUUUCAGUAGUCUUGAGCAUCAUGUCACCCAUUAUUGGCUUUAGACAUUUGAUUUACCUCUUUAUGUAAAAACGAAGGUUUAGUUUAUUGUGUGUUUAUUCCAA